GACGGUAAACGAAAGACCAUGUGAGAACAAACCUCUCAGACUUGUGGCUUCACCGAUCCAUCCCACUUCCACUCUUCACACGUAAAUACUGACGUACGUGCUCUCGCUAGUUUCGUCUGAAUCGACACAUAAAGUGAAAGAGACGGCGGAAGAGAGAGAGAGAGAGAGAGAGAGAGAGAGAGAGAGACGUCGAUACAUCCAGCUCGAACCCGUUUCUUAUAGCGUUGCUGCACAAAUAAAGACAGACACAUGAUAACCGAAGGACUAGUUUUCUCUCUGCGGAUUGUUUUGUGUUCGCAUCCCCUCUGUAGCUUGUGGUUCAUUAAGAUGAGACUGAUGAACGGUUUGCGCCCCCACCUUUCUGCGCUAUGAAGGAUGCAGAACGGUUUGAUUCCGAAUCUGUGAGGGUUUAAGAGAAGGUGGCUGACAGCGAGGACUUAAACUGGAAUUGCGUUAUUCUUGGCCCCUGCUUCAUUCUAAUGCUCUUUUACAUCCUGGGUUGAUUCAACGUUAAGAAGGAAUGAGCAUGAGACAGGAGCCUCCUGUUCAAGAUUGUUUCAAAUGAUGAAAGUGAACUGUCUUGUCCUGACAUGCCUAGAAUUACUUCCUGAAUCUUCUUAAGUAGUGAGGCACUACUGCGAGUCACUGUGUGCAGGAUGAAGACACCGACCCAGACUGUGCUAAGCAGAAAAGACCUCCUAAGUGAUUGAGAUACAGUAUGUCUUCUCCUUCGCCACUUGUAUGCUCUCAUCAACUAUUUCGAUUCUCUGAAGCUACUUAUCCCUGACCAAGAGAGGAGGACAGUGAGGAGAGAAGAUUUAAAGGAAGGCAGUGAGAACAAGGAAUUAGAGCAGAAAAGUGCACCAUGCAGUCAGACGACCUCUUCAUCCGAAAGUUCCGCCGACAGAGCCCACGUCCGACUCCGGUCUUUGAGCCCAAGCGCGUGGUGGUGGCAGAAUGGCCGCCCCGGAGGGAUGGUGAGGGAGCAGAGGUUGAGAGUGUGACAACACCCAGUAGGGCAGGGCUUAAUCAGCGCGCAGUUGCUCGUGGCCACAUCAUGCAGCGCAGCAACAGCGAUGUCACUCUGGGAGAUCUGGACUCAGCGGCAAAGGCAGGAACAAAAGCAGUCAGGUCAGCAAGCGAAAAGGCCGGCCAGGUGGGACAAGGCGAGUCUAGUAUAGUCCUCCACCGGGAAUAUGGGAGUCUGUCCUCAUUAGAAAAGCAGAGCCAACCUCCAGAGCCCUGCAUGGACGAGCAGACCAUUCUCAGUCCCAACGCUCUUCGCUUUAAAGAUCCGUUCUUGUUACUCGGGCUCCAGGAUACACCGCCUGAGCCAGACGGCUUUUUCCGUGCACUAGAAAUUAUAAAACCAGUCAAGCCCCCUAAACCUGAAGCUCUAAACAAGAAAUCAAAGCCAUCACCCAUUCAGGUUACUUGUGCACCAUGCGAUCAGACAGUUGGAGGCGCAUGGGUGCGCAACUUUGCCCAUUAUGAUGUGCAGAGCAUCCUGUUUGACUUGGGUGAGGCGGCCACUAGCCGAGACAGCGUCGGCCGCAAGAAGAACAUCACCUCAGGGGCAUCGGCUGCCUCGCAACUCCGGCCUCUUUCCCAGGCCCCUCCUGCCUCACCCUCUCAGAAUCUGGGCAGUGGGACUGUAGGGACAGCUAGCACAGAGGAACCAGAACCAUGCCUGCUGGACGAAGGAGACGGCAACGACAACGAUUUGCUGCUCAGCUGCCCACACUUUAGAAACGAGAUGGGAGGAGAAGAAAGGGCUGGACUUGGAAAAACCCAGUGCUGUAGCGGGCGAUGGAGGAGUCUACAGAGCCCCAAUGAUGCUGUGUCUGUAUUAGAGGAACCCAGAGAAAGCCAUGUGCAGCAGCAGGGAAAAAGCAACUACUUCAUUGAGCAUGCAGACCUGGGGGCACGCUACUACCACAAGUACUUCUACAUGAAAGACCAUCAGAAUUUCUUCGGCAUGGACGAGCGACUGGGGCCAGUGGCUAUCAGUUUCCGCCGUGAGGAGAAGGAAGGCUCGAGUGGCGCUCAGUAUAUGUGUAGAAUCAUAUUCAGGACCACAGAGCUUAAGACCCUUCGUGGCUCCAUUCUGGAAGAGUCUGUACAAUCUGCAGCACGGCACACAACUCCAAGAGGGCUUUCCCCCAAGAGACUUUUGGAGUUCAUUCUCCCAGAUCUCAACCUGCACUGUCUGAGGCUUGCUUCUACAUCUCCCAAAGUUCGUGACACGCUGCUCAAGCUGGAUGAGCAAGGGCUGAAUUUCCAGCGUAAGGUUGGGGUGAUGUAUUGCCGUGCAGAACAGAGUACAGAGGAAGACAUGUAUAAUAACGAGAGCGCCGGUCCGGCGUUCGACGAGUUCCUGGACCUGCUGGGAGACAGAGUGAGACUGAAGGGCUGGGAGAAAUACAGAGCACAGCUCGAUACCAAGACGGAUUCCACCGGGACACACUCUCUAUACACACGGUAUCAAGAUUAUGAGAUCAUGUUCCAUAUUUCCACCAUGCUCCCAUACACAUCCAACAACACACAACAGCUAUUGAGGAAAAGACAUAUUGGGAACGAUAUUGUGACGAUAGUCUUCCAGGAGCCGGGGGCCAUGCCGUUCACCCCCAAAACCAUCCGCUCUCACUUCCAGCACGUGUUCAUAAUCGUCCAAGUGCACGAGCCUUGCACGGAAAACACCUACUAUCGCGUUGCUGUUACUCGCUCCAAGGACAUCCCUCUUUUUGGCCCAUUUUUCCCCAAAGGUGCUCGCUUUCCACGCUCGCAAGCUUUCCGUGACUUCCUGCUCGCCAAGGCUAUAAACGCUGAAAACGCAGCUGAGAAAUCGGAGAAGUUCCGAUCGAUGGCCACACGCACGCGUCAGGAAUAUCUAAAGGACCUAGCAGAGAACUAUGCCACCACCACACCUAUUGAUUCAUCCACCAAGUUUCAGCUGCUCUCCCUGGGAGGCAAACGCAAAGAUAAGUUCAAGGGUGCUAAAGGAGCAGAGCUACACAGUGCCGGCGCUCUGGUAUGGCCCGUCUGCGCCAGCAAGGAUGACAACGGGCACAAACUGGCCUGUCUGCUGGGCAUCUCGGCCGAAUUUGUGGUGCUGAUUGAACGCUGCAGCAAGCUGGUCAUCUUUAACUGCUCGUGCCGUGAUGUGAUCGGGUGGAAGGCAGUGACCGAGCCUGGCAUCAAGGGUGGGCCUUGUCUGGAUAUCUUUUACGAGAGGGGCGAAGCUGUCUCGAUUACAGUGUCAGAGAGCCAGACGGAGGAUAUUAAAGAGGUGGUGCAGAGGCUUGAGCUGGUGACAAGAGGAUGCGAGGCACGUGAAGUCACCCCUCUGAGGGACAACACGGGUCAGCCGGGCUUCAUAAUGAGCGCAGAGGGCUUCGUGACGGAUCUGCAGCGCUUCUGUUACGCCGAGAGCGGAGGCCUACAGCUGAGCGCACGUAUAGUGAGACUCUGCGGACACACGCUGGUCCACCUCAGCCAGGACGAGAGAACGAGGCUGCUGCGUACGGCACCCAAAAUUCACAUCACCGUCAUCCCACCCGACGAGAACGGCAAACCUCGCAGAAGCUUUUCUGAACUCUAUCAGAAGUCCAUCCAAGAUGCAGAAAGCAAGUCUGGCGAGGGCCACUCGGGCGAGGCCUGGAUCCUGGACGAGCGAGAGGGAGACGAGGACGAGAGUGAAGAGGAGGAGAGAGAGGGGGAAAGGGAGCAGGGCGAAGGGGAGGAGUCAGACAGCGUGACCCAAUCAGAUAUGAGGGAGGAAGAUGAGAGUAGAACUCCAGGCAUUAGUGGCUUGCUUUCUCCACCCAGCUUGCCUCUUCUCAGAGCUACUUCACUGCAAGACAAUCCCCCAUUACAGGCGCUGGAAAUUUCUCCCUCAUCUCUCACACGCAGCUACUCAUUCGAGAGAACCCUGCCCUGUCAGGACAUCUGUGAUGGGCAUGUGUAUGAUAACGUUGGGGUGAAGGUGAACAGGCAUAUCUACGAGAAUCCUGAAGAGCUGAGCGACGUCACCCCUGACCUCAUACUGGCCGUCAAACCAAAAGUUCCUCUCCAAGAAGACGGACAGGUUGGAAUAGAUGUGCUGGGCGAGGAGAGACCAUCAGGCAGCGAGGCACCUCUUCACUCAGCACGUACAGAGAGGAACUCCAGAGCGGAGAGAAACUCCAGAGCAAUGAGUAUCCAUAACUCCAUCACCAAGAUUCUUUCAGAAACUGAAAGAGAUUCAUCAGAGGAGGAAUGGCAGUCUAUUUCUGACCUCGCCACAGCAUGCAGGAAUAUUCUCGAAGCCCUAUCGCGAGAAGAUCGUAAGGCCGGUGACGGCACUCAGGCAGGAGCCGACACACUGACGCAGACAGACACCAAGUUUAAAGAUAUUAAAGACAGUGACUCACCCAGUCACCUGGAGGAGAAGGUGUCCCAGUUGGAGGCCAUGCUGAAACGAUUACAGGAUGACCUCCAAAAGGAGAAAGAGGACAAAGCCAUGCUGCAGGCAGAGGUGCAGAGUCUGAGACAGAACAACCAGCGGCUGCAGGAGGAGUCGCAGAGCACCGUGGCGCGCCUCAUCAAAGUCACCGAGCUCCUGUGCAAUGUCAACAAACCCUGCUAGUAGAACGGGCCAUCGAGAUACACACAGACCAAUGAAGAUCAGCAACAAAUGCUAGCAAGAAGCAUUGAGCAAAGCAAUCCAGACAGACCUGCGAGACCCAGAGCCCAUGCCUAGACUCAUAUAAACCACUGAGGAAUGACAUUAAUGUUAGCAAGACAUGUUAGCAAUGUAAUCUAGACAGCGCAGCAAGACCCAGACCUCAGACACUCAAUCAUAUAAACCACUAAGGAAUGGCACAAACAUUAGCCAAUUUUACCACGCUAGCACACCGAGCCAUCCAGUGCAUCCUGAAAGAUAGACAUAGAUUCAAAUUUUGGAGAAUGCUAGCAUAGUAGCAGUGAAGACCAUCUUUAAGAACACACCAAACCACGUACCUCUGUCUAAGCCUAUAUUAAGUGUAAAAACAAUCAACGAAGACUAGCAUCCUGUAUAGUUAACCAUUGCUUUUAUCAAUUAUUUCUCUGCCAAAAUUAGUGUGGUGCAGCCUUACAUGUUCAUCAGGAGUUACAUAUCGAGCUAGUUUCAGGAACAAGCAGUCUGGUGUUGUUGAAAGUGAGACAGAGAUGAGAAAGUCGGUGAUGUUACUGUAAGCAACAGCAGAGCACAAUCUUAACUGCAUGAUUCCUGUUGAAAAGGCCAGACCCCAUAGUUUUAAUAUUCUAGCCUGAAAUGCUAACAUUUCUAACUCUGAAUAAAAGUUAGUAGUCUAAUUAGCAUGAUGAGCCAGUAGUAGCUUUCAUUCAUUGUUGGAGAAGUUAGCAUUUUACAGAAUUUUGACAAAUCCUUAGAGUACUGAUGAAAAAUAGACCUUAAACACAAAACUAACCGACUGACUUCAGGGUUUUUUUUGGCACCAGGAAAAUAUCCCAGCUCAAUAAAACACGCUAACAUCACCCUCACUCUCAGUAUAAGGAACAUUCGUGUUCACUACGUUUGAAAAUCUUUAGGCAUUAUAUUGUGUGUGAUAUUUGAUUAAGCGUGUGUCUGCGGUUAUGGUGACUAUUAGUAAUCUUGUAAGCCUUAUUUUCAUACAACAAUUGGAAAAAGUGUUUGCAUUAACAAUCUCAGAUGUGUGUAGUUAUUCCAGAAGGCCAAGGCAGUUCGGUAUAGACGAAUUUAGAUAGGUUUGAGUGCCGACUUUGUGGGGUUUUAUUCAUAUACAAUACAUACAGACAUUGCAGUAAUAAGGAAUACUGACCAAGGUGACUUUUUUUUUCUGGGCAGAAACGUAACCUGGCACCUUUUUUCUACAAACCUCAUAUUAAAGGACUGGCUUUUUUUUUUCUUCUUUAAUUUAAUGUCAUUUGAUGACUAUUCAAACAAUGCUAAACGAGUAGGUGGAAAUGAUUUUUAGAACAGGAAGAAAACUGGAAGCUCUAUCUGCUGGACAUGUCGGGAACUGCAUUACACCGUAAUACUGGAAUGUGGUGCUUGACCGCAAACAGGAACUUUGACUUGAAAUAGAUUGGAUUCCUGCAUCUAAUUCUAAGACUGAGCCAUUUUUUAUGACGAUGAACAUGUCACUGUAUUCAAAGACAUUUGUUAAAAAAAGGUAGAAGAAGAAGAAGAAAACAAAAAAACAGUGAUUCACCAAGUGACUGCUGGCUGCAGAAGGAAACACCUCCACUCCUGUGUGUGCUGAGAACUGGGACGUGUAUGUAUUUAACACUUCUCCUCAUCCACCUCUUACCUCGUGAAGAUCCAGUUAAUGGUGACAUCACAGUGUGGCUUUAGAAUAAUGUGUGUGUGUGUGUGUGUGUGAUGUUGACUGAAAAGUCAGCACCGUCAUUGAAGGUAUCGGUCUAAAUUCAUCACACCUGGAAUAAACUCUCAAGCCACACACACACACACACACACACACACACACACACACACACACACACACACACACACAUAGAGUCCAGAGUGACCAGAACCUGGCCAAUACUACUGUAUGUUGUACAUAGUCUUUUAUCUUCCUCUUGUAAUUUUUGAGUUGAUUUUAGCGUCACUGUGAUAAGCCGGUACCAGCAGAUUCAUAUUUCUGAAGAUUAAAUGAUAUCUUUAUGUCUACGUGAUGUACAGCCAAAAUGUUUCAGUCUUACUUCCUUCUGAAACGUUCAGCACUUCAGCAUCCUCAAGCUAAAUCUGGCCAAUUACAGUCAACCGUGAUCAGUGCUAUUUAAAAAAAACAAUCAAACAAACAAAUAAACAAAUACACAACGGGUUUAAAACGCCACUCAUCUCAGCUGCGACUGAAAUUUUUCAUAUCUCCAGUCGUCAAGGGUUUCGAUUCGUUCCUGCGUGAACGUGGAGUUAACUCAACAUCACCAGGCAGAAACUCAAAGUGUGCUCAGGCAAGUUUGAUGCAAGCAGUCUCUAGUGAUGCAUUGUGGGAUAUAUUUAGCCAAAUGUAAAUGUAAAAAGAAUAUCCUGUCCUGUUUGUGUGUUGCAUAGAUUUUAGAGAAUGUAAGGGGUCACGAAGCACGGGAAUGCGUCAAGCAACUUCGACGUCCCCUUCUGUAUGUGUGUAUGUAAGAAAAACAACAACAAAAAAAAAAACAAACGAUGUAAUAACUUAUUAAUCUUGCAAAUGUGGAUUUUAUUGUUUGAUGUCUUUGAACUAGAAGCGAAGGAAAGAUCAUUCUUGAACUACUGACUCGGCAGGUAUAUAUUUUGUUUUUUUAAUUUUCAAGGAGUUCAAGCAUAUGACAUAGUAUUUGGGUUUAAGUACCAAUAACAAUAUCAGUUAUUAUAAAUGGAAUUGGUCCUUCCAGGUUUUGUAUGCCUUUAACAGGAACAGCUAAAGUAAUCCUGCUGAAGGGAUAAUAAAAGGCCACGAAGGGUGAGAUUAGUUUUUUGUAGCUUGUCGUCUACGGAAUUAAAUUUUUUCCUCUUUAUAGUUCAAAUGCA